AUGAACGAGAGGCUACUAGAGCUUUGCGACAACACAAAAGAAAAUAGACAAAAAGAAGUCCUGGAAGAAGUAGAUCGCCUGGUAGAUUUACAUGAAAGGCUUUGUGAAAUGUCAGUGCAUAUCGAUAAAAUAUAUUCUUUGGAGAUAUUGUUAUCCAUUGGUCAUGCAUUUGUGAUGGUGACAUCGCAAUUGUACUUCGGAUAUUUGUCUUUUGCUUGGAAAGAUAGAACUUACGCUUUACCAACGGAAGAUUUGGUGACACCGAUUCUAUGGGCUGCAUAUAUGUUGAUUGAUAUCGUUUCUAUUUCUUCGGCUUGUUCUAAGGCAAAAUUGGCUGCAAAACGGUCUUCAGUUAUUAUGCAUAAAAUAGCCAAUCAUAUCGACACGGAACAGGUUUAUACAAAGAUAAAUCACAUAUCGAUCAAAAUGAAGAAUCACAUAGUCAGUUUUACUGCCGGAGGAUUUUUUGCUGUCGAUAUGACUGUUUUGUAUACGAUGGCCGGCGCUGUUACAGGAUAUUUAAUAAUAUUGAUUCAAUUUGAUUUAGCAGCCAGAAAUAAAUGA